GGCACUGCUGACAGAAUUUUCACCAAGUAGACCUUUAAAGAGUUUUUAUUGUCAGCUGCUGGAAGUACCUAGGCAAAAUAUUUCUCUUUGACUUUAAAGAAAACGGCUACCUACCUGAUCCCCAAACAACUUGGAGAAGCAGCUGCGGAGGUGAGACAAGGCUCAUUGAGGAGAAAGUGUGGUCAGGAUCAACACAUACUCAAUGUGACAGAGUGGAAGGAAACCUUUCUUCUCUUUGACCUUUCCUAGAUACAGUCAUCGGGACUCCUCUUGGGAAUUACCUGUUCAUCCUCCAUGGCCUUUCAUCAGCUCCUGGAGCAAAUUGGAGGUAUGGGCAGAUUCCAGGGUCUUCAGAUAGCUUUUGUUUGUAUCUCCAUCCUCAUGGUGUACCCUCAUAUUCUACUGGAAAACUUCACUGCAGCUGUCCCUGAUCACCGCUGCUGGGUCCACAUCCUUGACAAUGACACUGUCUCUGCUAAUGGCACUGGGAUCCACAGGCAAGACAGUCUCCUGAGAAUUAGCAUCCCACUGGACUCAAAUCUGAGACCGGAAAAGUGUCGUCGUUUCUUCCAUACUCAGUGGCAACUCCUUCACCUGAAUGGAACUUUCUCCAACGUGAGUGAGCUGGACACGGAGCUCUGUGUGGAUGGCUGGGUGUAUGACCAAAGCUCCUUCUCUUCCACCAUCAUCACUGAGAUGUAUUGGUUUGGAAGGAGGUUAAUUUUCAGAUGGUGUCUCUUCCAAUUAGCCAUUGCUGACUUCUGUGUAUCCUUUGCUCCCACCCUCCUCAUUUACUGCUUGCUACGCUUCUGGGCUGGCCUUUGUACCACCAGCAUCCUGACAAAUAGUGUAUUGCUUAUUAUCGAAUGGACAAUGCCCAGAUUCCAAGCCAUGGGAAUGGCAAUGUCAAUCUGCUUUGCUUCUAUGGGACAGAUGCUUCUGGGAGGACUGGCUUUUGUCAUUCGAGACUGGCACAUCCUUCAGCUGGUGCUUACUGCACCAUUAUUUGNGUUUGCACUUCUGUCUUCUUUGAUCAGGUGGCUGGCAGAGUCUGCUCGGUGGCUGAUUAUUUCCAACAAACCCGAGGAGGGCUUAAAGGAACUUAGAAGAGCUGCCCACAGUAAUGGAAUAAAGAAUGCUGGAGACAGCCUGACCAUGGAGGUUUUGAGGUCCACCAUGCAGGAGGAGCUGGAGGCAGCAAAGAUCAAACCUCCUGUGUGUGACUUGUUCCGUACCCCCAACAUGCGUAAAAUGAUCUGUCUCCUGUCCCUUGUGAGAUUUGCAAUCUUAGUGCCCUUUUAUGGCCUGGCUCUCCACCUCCAGUACUUGGGGAGCAAUAUUUACCUGUUCCAGGCCCUUUUUGGCAUCAUCACCCUGCCAGCCAAUUACGUUGCACUUUUGGCACUGAAUCACCUGGGCCGUCGAGUAAGCCAGGUGCUUUUCAUGUUCCUGCUGGGAAUCUUCAUUCUGGCCAUCACAUCUGUGCCUCCAGAAAUGCAGACCCUGCGUGUGGCUUUGUCAACUUUGGGAGUAGGAUUUUCUUCUGCGUCUGUCAUGUGUUCUUGUGCCCAUGGAAAUGAACUAACCCCCACUGUCAUCAGGUACAGAAUCUCAUGGAAGCUCUAUCAGGGUCAAAACAGACAUUUCUCAGCUAAGUAA